CAUGCCUCUCUCCUUCGUUCUCCUCCUCCAUCGCUCUCCAUCCCAGACUACACAGUUGGAAAUACGCUCCACUUUCAUUCGACAUCGUUGAUUUGAUCGAACAAAUCUAGAAACUUCUUUUAAUUGAUAACUAUCUUCACCAGUGAUUGCUUUGGCAUUUUUCGAGUAUGUCAUCCUUCAGGAAUGCCAUCAGUAGACGGGCUUACAAGGAAAGAGCUCAGCCGCAUUUGAGGAAAAAGUUUGGGCUCCUUGAGAAACACAAGGACUAUGUUGUGCGCGCACAAGCAUUCCACAAAAAAGAGGAGGCGCUGCAGAAACUCAAAGAGAAGGCAGCAUUCAGGAACCCGGAUGAAUUUUAUUUUAAGAUGAUUAAAACAAGAACUGUUGAUGGAAUCCAUAGACCAGAGAGUCAAGCAAAUAAAUACAGCCCAGACGAACUCAUGCUAAUGAAGACCCAAGACAUGGGAUAUGUCCUUCAGAAAGUGCAAAGUGAAAAAAAGAAAAUUGAGAAGCUAACUGCUAUGCUGCACUCUCUUGAUAAUCAGCCAACAAACAGACAUGUUUACUAUGCAGAAGACAGGGAAGAGGCCAGAGAAAUACAGGCACAGUCUUCAAGAGGCGGAAAUUUGCCUUGUCUGGAUGAUGUUCCUAAUCAUAUUAAAAGGAAAACUUCUGCUUCCUACAGAGAGCUAGAGACAAGGAAGACUCGGGUAAAUGACUUGGAGAAACUAUACAUGGAUAUGGCCUUACAAAAGGAGCUGCAGAAAAGGGGUCGAAAACGCAAGCUUCGGGAAGAUGAAAUAGUCUGUCCAACCUCAAAACCAGUGUACAAAUGGAGGGCUGAACGAAAACGGUGAACAGUAAAUGAGGGCUUCACUGAUGAGGACAAGGUCCUGUGUUAGAGGGCAUUCUGUGUUAGAGCUUCCUCUCUCCAGUGCUUGAAACUGAGUAGUUCAAGUAAUCAUUCUACUUAGGAAUGUGAGUUGCAUUUCUAACUUAAAAGACAAAAUCCUGAGGAAUGUGAGUCGUGUGAUACUGAUGUCAUUACAUCUAGUUUAUUUCCUAAUAUUAUGAACUCUCAGUUGAAUGGCAUUCGACCCAUAUGAAAUUUUGUUAAAUGCACUUCCCGGCGAAGAUCAUUAGUUGAUU